CACUUCCGGUCAGGAAGAGGGGGGGAAAAAACGGCAGAAAAUCUCCGUCAGUUAGCGUCUAGUGUUUAUUUUCUGUUUUUUAUAAACAACAGCGUUUUUAUUUACAUUUGUCUUUUUUUUGUGAAUCGUCACACAGUUUCGUGUUUUAUCUGAAACUGCCCACCGUUUAUUUGAGGAAACGCUCCCAGCGUUUCUCCACAGGGUCCAGUCAUGUCUCAAAACUACCCGUACAGACAGGCGCCGGCGGACCCCGAUCCCCAGUCAGAUCCACGGCAUUACAGCUCUGCAGCCAGCGAGGACUUUUACCGACGUCCUCAGGAAUCUUUCUCCUCAUCCUCCAGGAGCUUGGCAGCGCCACACCCGACUCAGGGUCCUCAGGAUAGCGUCCUCAGCCUCCUGGCAAGCUGUGGUUUGGAACCUGGAGAUCUGGCAGUUCUCGCCAAACUGCCUGAAGAUGUUUUGACCAUUGAGUCUCUGCCACACCUUAUCAAACAGAUGAAAGGCAAGAAGGGAACGGUUAAACCUUUUCCUGCCAGACCUCCUACUCCCCCUCCUUCCUCUUCCUCCUCUCGCUCCUUUAGCUCCACCCACAGACCCUCUGCAAGCCCCGCCUCCUUAGACUGGGAUAAACUCCGCCAGCAACCGGUACAGUACCCACUCCACCUGAUCCCACCUGCUGCCCCUCAAUUGGAAACUCGUUCAGACCGCUGGGGGGCUCACAGCUCUGUCCGAUCAUCAUCUUCAUCAGUCAGACCUGUGCAGGACACUGACCUCAGGCCACGCCUCGCAAACUAUGGUAAGGCCGCUUCUUCUUGCAGCUCAGUGGAACUCAACAGAUCUCGUCCUCCUCGUUUCUUGGAAACUGGAAAAACUGAUUAUAGAUCAGUUCCUCCCCUUGACGAGCGCCCCCGCAGCUCUGGGUUGCCCAGUGCUGACCCGGUACCCGUUCCUGUGCCCUCUAAGCAACAAGCUCUGGACUUCCACGGAUCGGUGCCAUCGAUGUACCCAUAUUCAUGCGCUCUGUGUGACAUCACAGUGCUGUCGGAAAAGGCUUGGCAGGAUCACGUCAACAAGUCCAUUCACGCAGAUGGACAGCUCAAGCUGCUACAGCAGUUUCCAAAUUGGGAUUGUCGCGUUAAAAGCUCCAGCAGAAAUGAGGACCAAUCACAUAAAAGGAUGUCUGGAGCAAGCUCCGCCCCAUCGACUCAAAGAACCGGUCAGAGCUAUGUGGGACGGCCAAACAAGAAAAUUACAAAGCCAUCAGACAAAGGGAGGGUGGUGUGUGUGAAGUUUCCAGCUCAGUCUGUGGAUGAGGCAUAUCUGCAAAAAUGCAUCGAACCGUUUGGAAAAAUGGGAAAGAUCCUCAUGUUUCCAUCUGUGGCCUUUGUGGAGCUGGGUACUGCUGAUCAGGCAAAGGACUUGGUGAAGUUUUACAGUAACAUGGAUCCAGCUGAGAACAAAUAUCAGCUGGAGUUAAGCAUCUCCAACACCUUCAGCUUCCUGCAGAGCUCUCAGGUGGUGGGUUUCCUUCCGGCUCCGUCAGGAAAGGAUGGACGCUCAGAUCUUAUCAGCAUCGCCAAACGAUUCGGCGAGCCGCUCUACUGCUUGUUCUUGCCAUCCAAGGCGUUCAUUGAGAUGAAACUUCCUGGUGAUGCGAAGAAACUGGUGGAUUAUUACUCCUCAAAUGUUCUGAAGAUCAACAAUGACACCAUCGACGUGUCUUUCUCCACAGAGUACAAGUCCCUCAUGCGGGUUACACUGGCCACUAGGUGCGAUGAAGAACCAAACCAAACCACCACGAGCAGCACAAGAGAAUCCAGCAAGGAAAGAAAGACCAGGUCAAGGUCUAGGGACAGGUUCAAAACUACACGGCGGUCCAGAAACCGUUCCAGAUCCAGAGAUAGACGCAGAGACAGAUCUAAAGGGCGAUCCAGCCGUGAAAAACAGUCUAGAGACAGGUCUAGAGACAAGUCUAGAGACAAGUCUAGAGACAGGUCUAGAGACAGGUCAAAAAGAGAAGGACGAACCAAAACCAGGUCCAGGUCCAGAGAAAAAAGUAAAGACAAAUCUAGCAAAGAGACCAGGUCCAAGUCUGAAGAGAAAUCCAGCAACAGCUCUACUGGGCAGGACCAGACCAAAGAGAAGACCGAGGAACCAGAAGGAUCUAAAGAACCAGAAAAAACAGAGGAGCCGAAAGAACCAGAGAAAAAAGUGAAGCCAGAGGAACCAGACACAGAGACCAAAUCUGCAGGCGAGCAUGAACACGACUCUAACAAAGCACCUGAUGCUGCAGAUGAAAAGCAGAUGGGUGAUGAAGCAAAGUUUGCUGCAGACAACAGCGACAUCCAAGGGAUGAAGGUGAUCGUAGAGGACAAGUUAGAGGGUGUUGAUGCAAAACGUCUGGAAGAGAAGAACCAAGAAGAAGCCAACCAUCCUGAAGAGAAAGCUGACUCAGUCGAACGAGAAGAGAUGGCGAUGAGCAUAGACAGCGAUGAUCAGAGGGAGGAGGAAGAAAUGGUGAUGGAUGAAGUGGCUGAUGAGAAGGAAAAUAUUGAGACUGAAGAGAUUGAGGAGAGGAGUGGGUUGAGGAAUGAGGAGGAACGUGAAGAAUCUGCAAGCACAGCAGACGAGGAGUUUGGUUUCCCUGUGGACUUGGAGAACUGCAUCACUCUGGAUGAAGUGGGCUGUGAGGAUGAAGGUGAAGCUGUUCAGGAUCAGGGGAAGUCCUCAGAAUCCAGCAGUGUUAUUUUCUUCAGCACGAUGCCGCAGAACUACACCGACAUGGAGUUCAUCGAAGUGAUGAGAGGUUUUGGGGAGGUGGUCCGUUACCUCCUGGUGCAGGACCGGCAGCAGGGCUUCAUCGAGAUGUCGACUCCCUCAGAGGCUCAGAGUGCUGUCCAAGUCCUGGACUCCGAACCCGUCUACAUCAAUGGAACCAGACUGAUUGGCUGCUUGUCUCAGGAAUAUUCCAGGCUCACCGACGGGUUGCCUGUCCUGUCAGAUAAGGAGAAGAAGAGCGACGGCAACGGCGUGGGUACCAGGAAGAGUGAAAGACUGGACAUGUCUAGCAACAACGAAACUCUAGAUAUGGAGACAGAGACGACUACAGAUGAAAAGACGGGGUCCGAAACUACCCCGGAGCUAGAGACGCCUGAAACGAUUGAGGAGGAAAAAACCAAUGAGACAUCGGAGAUGGAGACGCCCGAAAAGAUUCACGAGAAAGAGACAUCGGAGAGCACACCUGCCAGAAAGACAAGGUCCAAAAAAACUCCACAGACGAAGACGUCAAACCGAAAGACGAGGUCCAAAAAGACUCUGGAGAAAGAUUCCCCUGAAAAACCCGCAGAGCCCGAGAUGCCUGAGGAGAGUCAGGAAACGGAGGCCGACAAGAUGCCAGAGAUAAAAACAGAUGAGACUCCAGAGACAAAGAGUGACGAGACGCCAGAGACAAAUACCGACGAGACGGCAGAGACAAAGACCGACGAGACUCCAGAGACAAAGACAUCUGUCAAGUCUUCCAACCGAAGAACAAGGUCCAAAAAUAUUCCAGAGAAAGAUCAUUCCAGUCAAGCUUACUCAAGAAGGACCAGGUCUAAAGUGACUCCAGAAGAGACAACUGAGAUGUCAGAGAACGCUUCUGAAAAAAGCUCAGACAUGAAGACUGUCACAGAGACACCAGCGACAGAAGUGUCUGAACAGAUUCCAGAAAUGGACUCUUCAAACAAAACGAGUGAAGAAAAAGAAGUCGUGGACAUCUCUGAGAAGGAACCGACAGGAAGAACAACUGUAAAGGGUAAAUCCACGUCCAGCAAGGGUCCAGAGGAGAGGACAGACAAAAGAAAGGGGACUCCUGAGGACGAUGUAGUACCUGUAAAAACUGUGAAGACAGAAACUCCGGAAGAUGCAAACCAACCAAAUGAUGGGAAAGAAAAGUCGACUGGAGUGAGUUUGGAGACUAAAACUUCUGAACCAGAAGUGAAGGAAUCAGAGAAACUGGAUCAUCCAGAACCACCUAAGCAGAAAUCAGAGAUGGACCAACUGCCUGCGCCAGCAGAGGGUGCCGCAGAACCAGAGAAGCCUUUCAAACCUGUCGGAUCACAGUUCGUGCGUCCGGUCGUCGGUUACUUCUGUUAUUUGUGUGAACGGAUCUUCAUGGACGAGGACGAAGCCAAACAGGACCACUGCAGCACGCUGGAGCACUACAGGAAGUACCAGGCGAAGACGGGGAAGGAUCCGUGGACGAGCUAAGUGUGGCGCGAAUGGAGUAUAAGCUUUUUAAAGAAAAUUUACAAUUAGUUUCCUGUAGUUCAGCAGAAAUAACUGAUUGAAAAUUUGUAAUUUUAGUUUCCAAACAAAACAAACGUCAUGUUUAAUAAAACAGUUUAUUUUGUAAAACUGCCACACACAUUACUCAACAUUAA